CACAUCUGUCAAAUUGCUACAACUGUCAAAUUAGAAUGUGUUUUGGUUGGCUCCGUAUCAGCAUUUUGUAAUCAAUUAUAAAGAAAAUAACAAAUAUUGAGAAAGAACAAGCAGCAACGAUGGUAGUGAAUGCGCCGGACUCACCGGUGCAGGCGGAGGUGAUAUUUGUCAUAGAGGCGACGUCCACAAACGGAGCGUACAUCAGCGAACUCAAAACAAAUUACAUUAUCCCUACUCUUGAAUAUUUCCAUGGUGGUGCACUAGAAGAAGGUGGUGGCAGUGGCUCAGUGUACAGUAUAGUCACAUACAAAGCAGCUGACUGCCACCCGGGGCUGCCAGUUGCCAGUUAUGGCCCAUUCACCAACCCACAGACUGUCUCGGAGACAGUAGAUAAAAUACAAUAUGUAGGGGGCCAUGCAGAGAGCAGGGCGUGUGUGACGGAGGCCAUCACGACCGCGCUAGCGUGCUUCGACGAGCUCGGCAGGACAGACAUACCCAUGCACAUACUAAUCUUGUGCUCAUCUCCACCAUAUUCUGCAUAUGCUGGUGGCCUCGUACCUCCAGGCGUGCCCGGCAGCGUGGAGUCGUGGUGCGCGGCGGCGUGCGAGCGCGGGGUGCAGGUGUCGGUGGCGGCGGCGCGGCGCCUGCCCGCACUCUCCGCGCUGUACGAGCGCGCCGGCGGCGACCUGCAGCAGGCGCAGCAGAGGAACUUUGCCAAGGAUCCCCGUCAUCUAGUAUUACUCCGAGGCUAUAGUCUGAAGGAGCGGCCGCCGAGCCCCGCGCCGCCGCCCGUGCCGGAUAUACAGACAGACGUGUACGGCGCGGUGGGUCGCGGCGCGGCCGUGGCGGCUCGUGGCGCGAGUGCCGUGGGCAACGUCGGUGGUGUGGGUGUGGGCGUGGGCGGCGCAUCGUUCCCGCGGCCGGCGUGCGGGCGCGGAGGGGGCUGGCUGGGCGGCGCGCGGCCUCUAUACGCGGGCCCGUCGGCGCUGCUGACGCAGCUGGCGCAGCCGUCCUACCCGCCGCCCGCGCACCCCGCGCACAGCGCGCACGCCGCGCACCACGCGCACCAGCCCGCGCAGGCCGGACAUCAGCGUAUGCCGAACAUGUUAAACGCGGGCCCAUCGACGAGCGGCACUGCGCCACAGCCGCAGCUGCAGCGCAGCUACAUCUGGAGCGGAGUCAUCGAGUGGAUGGAGAAGGGCAAGUCUCCCGGUGACCAGCAGAAGACCACCAAGCUGCUGCCUUGUCAGGUGUCCGCGAGUUCCAAGGACAUAGAACCAGAGCUGAAGGUGGACACGUGGCCGAACAAACUGCUGAUGCAGCUGAUGCCCAAGCAGCUGAUCAGCAACAUCGGCGGACAGUACCUGAAGGACAGCAAGUCGGUGCUGUUCCACCUGCAGCCGAGUGAAGCGCUCGAGCAGCUCACCAAGGUCAUGGUCAACGGGUUUGCUGGCUGUGUUCACUUCCAACCGAUGUCGUCGCCUCCGCAGUGCGAGAUUAAAGUGUUGAUAUUACUGUACACGCCCGACAAGAAGGUGUACCUCGGCUUCAUACCAAACAACCAGGCCACGUUCGUCGACAGACUUAGAAAGGUGAUCCAGCAGCAGAAGAUAACUCAGAUCAUCAACAAGCAGCUGCCGGCGAACGUGAGCGCGGCGGGAGGGAUGCCCGGCGCCAUGCCCAACGCCACCAUGGCCGCGACAGGAGCCAUGUCUACAGCUGGAAUGUCAUCCAGCGGCAUGGGCGGCGCCGCGGGCAUGUGUAGUAACAUGCAAGGCGUCGGACAAGUGGGGGGCGUGGGACAAGUAGGGGGCGUCGGCCAGGUCGGCGGCGUGGGACAAGUAGGAGGUGUGGGACAAGUAGGGGGCGUGGGACAAGUGGGGGGCGUCGGCCAGGUGGGCGGGGUGGGGCAAGUGGGACAGAUGCCCGGCCAAGGCCCCAGCCAACCCAUGGUUCAACAGCAGAUGCAGCAACAUUCACAGGGUAUGAUGAUAAGCGGCGGCAUGGGCGGUCAGGUAUCACAAGUCGGCCAAGUGGGUCAAGUGGGUCAGGUGGGCGGCAAGGGCCCCCGCCCCGUCACCCAGCUGGACGGGCUCGAGGCGGCGCGGCAGCAGAACCUGGAGAAGAUCCAGCAGCUGCAGGAAACGCUGCAGGCCGCGCACCAGCAGGAGGCGCAGUUCAAGUCGCAGAUGGACAUCAGGACGCACCUGCACGCCGCGCAGCAGCAGGAGCAGCAUUACAAGCAGCUGGAGGAGCAGCAACGCAAGCAUCAACUGCAGCAACAGUUACAGCAGCAGCUCCGCGGCGCAGGCGCACUGCAGCCGCGCAUCCUACGGCCCAUGCACCCCGCCUCCAACCCCGGCCUGCGACACCUGUUGCAGCAGCAACAGCAAGCGCCGCGCGGCGGGCGCCCGCACAUGUGACGCCGCACGCGCUCCGACCCUAGCUCGCACAACAGCCGCAAUACAGGCCCGGAGGCAGCGGCGCGCGGCCCACCGCUCAGCCGCAGCAGUUCGACGACAACUACGAGUUCUUAUAAAAUACGUACGUAUACAAUUCCGGAUAUUCGCCCUUGGAAAAGGAUGUUUCGUGUGCGCAGACUUUGUGAGAUCCGGCUCGAAGGACCAAAUAUGGAAAUUAAAGGAUGUCGUCUACUUAAGACGUUGAUUGCGGCUCACGUAACGAUUGUAUUUGUUUUGGCGCAUGUGCUAACAGCUAGCACACAGAUUUAGUGUUAAAAAUAUAUCUAAGGCUGUCUCAUUCAGCUACACACCAGUACGUGGUGCAUCGUACUGAUGAAUAGUUCAUUGUUUUGGUGCCGCAAUCAUCGUAUUAAGCAGAAUCUAGUUUUCAUUUUAAAUGCGCGAUCAUUUGAUUUUUGCGCGCUGUGUCCCGGCGGGUUCUCAAUGGACGGAACUUUAUAGUAAAUCAGGCAAGCGCAUUAGUCUAUUACAUUUCGACUCGGCGAGCCUAGUCGACGCUAGCUAUAAGACUUAUAUUUGGACAUUAUUUGUUACGUCUAAUUGUACCAAUGAUUCAUAAGCUAUAAUCGACAUUACCACGCACAAUCUGAAGGUCUGAAAUAUCCCAAUUGCGACGUUUGCAUACACUACUCACUUAUAAUUUCAAAUACUUCCUUAAAGAUAUUUCAUAUUUUAAAAUUCAUGGGUGAUUGUAUUUUUCAAUUUGUAAUUUAACGACAAAGCAAUGUAUUUUGCCCAGCUCUGUACACUACGCGUAGAUAUAUGUAUACAAUGUACAUGUGUAUGUCUGUAAUAGUAAUUAAAUGUUUUGUUGAGACGUAAACGGAAAAUGAAAUAAUUUGGUAUAUCACAACAAAAUUCCUUUAGUUUAUAUUUUGUUUAGAGCAGUUUAUUUAUUUACUUGCGAAAUUCCAUACGAAUGCAUUACCGAGUUCAUAAAAUGUGAUGAUAAUGAAAUAAUUUAAUAAUAUCAGAAGCUAGAUAAAACAUUAGGUAACAAAGAGACGUAUACAAGCUUUAUUAGAAAUGGUUUUUAAUUCAAAAGCACUGGUUCCUUUUUGAUCUACUAAUAUUUCUGUAGUCUCUAAACCAAUGGCAAUGCCGCUCGCGGUUGACUUCAGGCUAGCCAUAUAUAAUGAUAGCUAUUCCUUGCUCGCUGUUUAAAUUCAGGCUCGAAGGACCAUUUUUCAAAAAUAUAAAUCCGAGAUAUAAGCAAGUUCAUGUACAGGGCUAAUUGUUAGACUGUUGUAGGAAGUAUUAUUUAAUUGUACCAUAAAUGAUUUCUAUAACUAGGAAUAUGUAGUAAGCGUAUAUGAUAAUAUAAUUAUAAGUUUUACGAUAAUUUUCUUUGUAUAUUGUACGUUAUUUAAUUUCAGACAUUUAUAAUAAAUGAUUUUAAUUUCA